UAAUAGAGGACUGAAGUAAGAAAUAUGGCUUUACGUUUUUGCCCGACGGCUGCACCUCCGCGCGGCUGCGGUACUCCGAUACAGCACCCUGUCUUGCUUCUUCCGCAUAAGGCUCUGCUUCCUUAUUCAACUGCGGCCAGCCGUCAGGCAGCCAGGCCCGCCCGUGUAUGCGUGACCGCCUACGCUAAGCUUGCAGAUGGAUCUGCCCGACGCAUGCAAUCUGAAGAGGUCCGGCGUGCGAAGGAGGUGGCCCAGGCUGCACUGGCGAAGGAGAGUCCAGCGGACUGGGUUGAUCGAUUCGGCUCGGAGCCGCGCAAAGGUGCCGAUAUCCUUGUCCAGUGCCUGGAACGCGAGGGCGUGGACAACGUGUUUGCGUACCCAGGCGGCGCCUCCAUGGAGAUUCAUCAGGCUCUCACUCGUUCAGACCGCAUUACAAAUGUGCUCUGCCGCCAUGAGCAGGGUGAAAUCUUUGCUGCGGAGGGUUACGCCAAGGCUUCCGGCCGUGUGGGCGUCUGCAUUGCGACCUCGGGCCCUGGCGCCACCAACCUGGUAACUGGCCUGGCCGAUGCCAUGAUGGACAGCAUUCCACUUGUGGCGAUCACCGGCCAGGUGCCUCGGCGGAUGAUUGGCACGGACGCUUUCCAGGAGACCCCGAUUGUGGAGGUUACUCGCGCCAUUACUAAGCAUAACUAUCUGGUGCUUGACAUUAAGGAUCUGCCUCGCGUUAUCAAGGAGGCCUUUUACCUGGCGCGCACUGGCCGGCCCGGUCCAGUGCUGGUCGACGUCCCUAAGGAUAUUCAGCAGCAGCUGGCUGUGCCGGACUGGGACUCGCCCAUGUCAAUUACCGGCUACAUCAGCCGCCUUCCACCACCUGUGGAGGAGUCCCAAAUGAUACCGGUGCUCCGUGCCAUCCAGUCCGCCUCCAAGCCCGUAAUCUAUUAUGGUGGUGGUUGCUUAGAUGCACGGGACGAGCUACGCGAGUUCGCAGCCCGCACAGGCAUCCCGCUGGCGUCCACAUUUAUGGGCCUGGGGGUUGUGCCAGCGGAAGACCCCAACCAUCUUCAAAUGUUGGGUAUGCACGGCACCGUGGCGGCAAACUACGCGGUGGAUCAGGCGGAUCUGCUGGUGGCCCUCGGUGUGCGCUUCGAUGACCGCGUCACUGGCCGCCUGGACGCCUUCGCCUCCCGGGCCCGCAUUGUGCACGUCGAUAUUGAUGCGGCCGAGAUCAGCAAGAACAAGACCGCACACGUGCCCGUGUGCGGCGACGUGAAGCAGGCUUUACGCCACCUCAACCGGAUGCUUGAGGCGGAACCGCUUUCGGACCGUUUCGUUGCCUGGCGCGCGGAACUGGCGGCCAAGCGAGCAGAGUUUCCAUUGCGUUACCCGCAGCGUGAUGACGCCAUUGUGCCACAGUACGCUAUACAGGUCCUGGGUGAGGAGACAAAGGGCGAAGUGAUCAUCACCACUGGCGUGGGACAGCACCAGAUGUGGGCAGCGCAGUGGUACCCAUACAAGGAGCCGCGCCGGUGGAUUUCCUCGGGUGGCUUGGGCUCCAUGGGUUUCGGUCUGCCAGCGGCCUUGGGUGCGGCGGUAGCCUUCGACGGCAAGCAAGGGAGAGAGAAACGCAUCGUCGUAGACAUCGAUGGUGACGGCUCUUUCCUCAUGAAUGUCCAGGAGCUGGCCACUGUGUUCAUCGAAAAGCUCGACGUGAAGGUCAUGAUCCUCAACAACCAGCAUCUGGGCAUGGUCGUGCAAUGGGAGGACCGCUUCUACAAGGCCAACCGAGCGCACACCUACUUGGGCAAGCGCGAAGCCGAGUGGCAUGCAACUGGUGACGAGGAGGAUAUCUACCCUAACUUCGUGGGCAUGGCUCGGUCAUUCGGCGUGCCGUCAAUGCGUGUCAUCCGCAAGGAAGACCUGCGCGGGGCAAUCCGUACUAUGCUGGAUACGCCAGGGCCGUACUUGCUCGAGGUGAUGGUGCCCCACAUUGAGCACGUGCUACCGAUGAUCCCUGGCGGGGCGACCUUUAAAGAUAUUAUUACGGAGGGCGACGGUUCCGUGAAAUACUGAAGCGGCUUGGCGGAUGGCAAAAUUUCCGGCAUUUGUGCGAUGUGGGGCAUUUUUAUUGGCCGGUUAGAUGCCUUUACGGCUUUUUGCGAUGUAUGACGGCAAGGACAAUUGCCUAAGGCUUCAGGUUAUGAAAGAACUAGAAGCUAAUUGUGGCUAGACGUUCCCGGCCGCCACUCAUGUUGAUCCCCUGGCCCUUCGCCUCGGCUUGCAGCAUAUUCCGCCUGACUGCACGACCUAGCGUGGGCUGCAGCAUCACCUGAGUGUCCGUCCCUUGUCGCGUGAUGGUGUGCGGUGUGGUAUGCUAUGCUAGGCGUCGAUGACGGAAAGGCGUGAUCUUGGACAUUUAUUUUAUACAUUUGGUUCUGUCUCUUUGCGGUCUGCCACUAAAAUCUGAUAAUCAGUCCCGCCGAGGAGUAACCAGGCCGGUGACGUGACCCUAAAGGUGCAGCUUAGGUCCUGCGGCAGCUGGCUUCCUAACUUAGGACUCAACUCCUAAGGUACAGCUCAGACUGUCGCAGGGUUGGAAGCAGUUUGAAACGACCAGCCAGGUUUAAAGAGGUAGCAGCACGCUUGACGGUGUCAUGGCACAGCAACUCAUGCGUGGUUGUUAAUAUCUUACUAUUCU